AUGGAAGCUCAAUCCAGUCUCUGUUGUUGCCCAUUUAGCUGGCAAAGUUGUGAAUCGCUAUUGCUGGAGUGUGUGGCCGCUCUGUGUCGGCGUAUGUUGGUGGAGUUGUUUCCACGAAAACAUCGUGGUCCUAAUGGGAAUCAUUUCCUCUGUCUGGUUCACUUUGUGUGUGAUGGUAUUGGGCUUGUUUGCAGCAACAAGAUAUCAAGUUCAUAUUGGAUUGCAAGGAAUCACAUUGUCACGGCUAGUUGGAAUCGCACAGAAUAUUUAUUCAGCCAGUGCCACGCAUCGAUCCAUCAUCCCAUAGCCCCUUGA